AUGUCAACUGAAACUGGUGUUGAAAAAAGUUUAGAAAACUUAAAGGUUGAAGAUAAACCAGUAGCUACUCCAGCUGCUGCUCCAGCUAAACCAGCCAUUGAAUUAAGUGAAAAAAAUAAAGAAAGAUUAGAAUUAAUUAAACAAGUUGGUGAAGAAAUUAUCAGCGAAGAAAGUUUAAUUAGAUUGUUAAAUGGUAAAGAAAGAUUAAGAUGUUAUGAUGGUUUUGAACCAUCUGGCAGAAUGCACAUUGCUCAAGGUAUCUUAAAAUCAAUCAAUGUUAAUCGUAUGACCAAAGCUGGUUGUACCUUUAUCUUUUGGGUUGCUGAUUGGUUCGCCAUGUUAAACAAUAAAAUGAAUGGUGAUUUAAAUAAAAUCAGAAAAGUUGGUCAAUACAUGAUUGAAAUUUGGAAGGCUACUGGUAUGGAUAUGGAAAAUGUUGAGUUUUUAUGGUCAUCAGACGAAAUUAAUAAAAAUCCAAAUGAUUAUUGGUUAAGAGUUAUGGAUAUUGCUCGUAAAUUCAAUGUUCCACGUAUCAAGAAAUGCUCACAAAUUAUGGGUAGAAAUGAAGAAGAUGAUUUAAUGUGUGCUCAAUUAUUAUACCCAUGUAUGCAAUGUGCUGAUAUCUUUUACUUAAAAGCUGAUAUUUGUCAAUUAGGUAUGGAUCAAAGAAAAGUUAAUAUGUUAGCCAUUGAAUAUUGCGAUAAAGUUAAAAUCAAGAACAAGCCAAUCAUCGUUUCACAUCAUAUGUUAAGUGGUCUCAAAGAAGGUCAAGAAAAAAUGUCAAAAUCAGAUCCAGAAUCUGCCAUCUUUAUGGAAGAUACUGAAGCUGAUGUCAACACUAAAAUUAAAAAAGCCUACUGUCCACCAGGUAUCAUUGAAAAGAAUCCAAUCCUCGACUACACCAAACAUAUCGUUUUCCAAAAAGUCGAAUCUCUCACCAUCAACAUUAAAGAUCAAGGUGAAGUUGUUUAUACCUCAUACCAACAAUUAGAAGAUGACUACAAAGCUGAAAAGAUCCAUCCAUCUGAACUUAAACCAGUCAUCGCCAAAGCUAUCAAUGCUAUGUUACAACCAGUUCGUGAUCAUUUCGCCAAUAAUCCAGAAGCUGCUGCCCUCCUCAAAACUGUUAGAUCAUACGCUGUCACCAGAUAA